AUGUUGGCCGUGGCUUUGAUACUGGUGGUGCUUGUCGCCGUGUACCUGUACGGUACGAGAACAUUCAGAUAUUGGGAGAAGAGAGGAAUCAAAUAUGAAACGCCUAAACCAUUUUUCGGCAACUUCUCACCGGUGUUCUUUAGAUCGAAGAGCAUGACCCAAAUAGCCGCUAAAUUGUACUGGAAAUAUCCUAACGAGAGAGUCGUAGGCAGCUUUCGACUAACGCAUCCGGAGCUAUUGAUUAGAGAUCCAGAACUUGUGAAACAGAUUCUUGUAACAGACUUUGUCUUUUUUAAUAUAAGGGGUUUAAACACGCACAAAACUGCUAUAGAACCCCUAUCGAAAAAUCUGUUCUUUAUUGAUGGUGACAUUUGGAAGCUCUUACGACAACGCAUGACACCCGCAUUUACAAGUGGAAAGCUAAGAGCGAUGUUUCCACUUAUCGUAGAACGAGCUGAGCGCUUACAAAACAACGCAAUAAAUGUACCGCCAACUGGUGGAGUCCUGGACGCGCGGGAAAUAAUGGCGCGCUACACUACUGACUUCAUCGGAGCGGUCGGGUUCGGCAUCGAUUCAAACUCUCUCGUUGAAGAAGAUUCAGCCUUUAGAAAACUCGGUGCUGAAAUUUUCAAGUUUAGCGUUAAUCAACUAUUGAGACAAUUGCUCAAGGAAGUAUUUCCUGAAACGUUUAAACAUUUAAAAAUAAUGGCAAAAGUAGAAGAUGAUGUAUUUGCACUGGUACGCAACAUACUUCAAAAAAGAAACAACAAACCGAGUGGAAGAAAUGACUUUAUCGAUCUAUUGCUUGAAUGUAAGGAAAAGGGCAACAUGGUGGGAGAUUCGGUAGAGUUGACAAAACCUGAUGGCACACCUGAACAAGUAUCGAUAGCACUAACUGAAGCACUUAUGGUUGCUCAAGUGUUUGUGUUCUUUGCUGCUGGCUUCGAGACAUCUGCUUCCUCUACAAGUUAUACUCUACAUGAACUGGCUUAUAAUCCAAAAGAGCAAGUAAAAGUACAACAGGAAAUCGAUAGAGUUUUGGCAAAGCACAACAAUAAGUUAUCUUAUGAUGCGGUCAAUGAGAUGACUUAUUUACAAUGCGCUUUUAAUGAAGGUAUUCGCAUGAUGCCAUCGUUAGGUUACUUGCAAAGGAAAUGUGCUCGUCGAUACACAUUCAAAGAUUUGGACUUGACAAUAGACGAGGGAGUGACCAUAAAGAUUCCUCUACAAGCCAUGCACAAAGACCCCGCCUACUUUGACGAUCCGGAUUCUUUCCGGCCGGAACGUUUCCAGACUGACUUCAUAAAUCCAAUGACUAAACAUGUAUUUUUGCCCUUUGGUGAUGGUCCUCGAGCCUGCAUUGGUGAGCGUUUAGGUAAAAUGCAGUCUCUGGCGGGUCUGGCGGCGGUGCUGUCGCGCUACUCGAUUGAACCCGCGCCGGAAUCGUUGCGCCAUCCAAAGAUUGAUCCCACAUCGAAUGUAGUGCAGUCCGUCAUCGGUGGAAUACCUUUAUUGUUCCGUCCGAGGAUUUCGUAA